AUGAGUGAAGACGAUGAGACGAUGGUCUUAGCUACCAUUAUGCAACAGCGAAUGGACAUGCUUGACUCAAACCCUGAAAUGGUUGAAGUUACCAGCAAAAACUAUGAUGUAGCUGCUCGUGCAGCUGAAGUCCUCCGAAGACAUUAUAUCAUGGAUACUGCUCAUUCUCCAGCCAAGCCUGCUACACCUCGUCCUUCUGCUCCCAUCAUUGCAAGCACACCGCUUGUGCCUGGCGCAUUUCCCGGUUCCAGCAGCCAUCUUCAGGAUGAUCGGAAAAGGCAAAGAUGUUUAGCAAACAUGAUGCGAAAGCGAAUGGACCUGUUUGACUCAAAUCCUAAAAUGGUUGAAGUUACCAGCAGAAACUAUGAUACAGCUGCUCGUGCAACUGAAGUCCUCCGAGCAUAUCACAAUUGUGUGCCACAUACUUUCUUGGAAAAUGAUUUCGAUAUGGAUACCCGCACUAUCACAUAUUUGGAUGGAUCUCAACUUCAGGAUGAUCCGGAAAGGCAAAAAAAGCAAAAUGUCACUUCUGGGAUGCUGGAUCUCACAAAAUUCUCAAAUGCAGAUUGGACACGAUUGAUUGGUUUUGUUGAUGCCAAGAUCGUGGCUCAUGCCAACAAUCUUCGUGAAGAACGGGAAAUUGGGAAAGGCGAGGCAUACCUAUCUGCAUUGAAGAGUCUCAACCAAUCUGACAUCGUGAUAGAAUUCUUGGAGGAGAAUGAAAUUCUCGAUCAUUCUGAACUUCACGAAUGGUCAAAGAAGCUAAUGAAAAAACGCAUUUUCGUCUUGCUGAAGAAUGCCCUUGAGGAGCUGCAAAAAAGAUAUCCUGAUCUGGAUGUGAGUGCUGUGACGAUUGAAUAUGUUGCAGAGGAGGAGGAUGACACUUCUCCUGCUACACCAUUACGUCAGGACAGCACAAUCGAUGAUAGUGGAAUUGCAGAAGUUGCUCAAAGUGUACCGUCAAAGAUGAUGAAUGGGAGCACACCAGCAAAUCAUAGCUCGCAUCUUAAAGAAGUAACAUUUGCCGAUUCACUGGAAAGAGGCCCGCAAA